GCUCGUCGUCGUCUUCGGUGCAGCUCACGAAGGGGGGGAAGUAGAAAUGAUUUAGAUACAAAAAUAUACUAUGUAGUUGUAAUUAGAAGGUACAACAGUACUGAUGGUGUCUGAUCUAUUUGCAUGAUGCCUUUUCUUGGACCUGGACUAUUAAUUUUUCGUACAAACCGUCUCAUUGCCGUAUUAAUCACUACAACCUCGCUAAACGAGCAUAGCACGGGAUUUUUCACUCAAACGAUAAAGCAUUACUCCUACCGAAGCGGAUUGAUUAGAGGUCAAUGAACUAAAUGUAUAUGAUUCUAGUUGUCAUGUUCACGUUGAUGUUUACUAAGUAGGUAUGAAGAUGUUUUUCUGAAAUGAAUAGAAGAUUAGCUGCACUGGUCAACCCUGUAGAUGUUGAUGUUGUCUGCACAGAAAGCGAACUACACGUUACUAGGACUCUUUUUGAUGUGCAUACGCUCGCGUACUAUUUGCAUCACUUCUUCUGUUGACGUGUGUCGGCAACAGACGAACUUUAUUUUUGAACAGUUGUGCAUAUUACUCGUCAAAGAUGAAGAGAGUAAGAGAAGCACGUGUAGUUUGUGGGUUUCGCUAUUUGCAAUGAGGAACGAUAUUUAUCUGUGGUUGAAGCCGACGAGAUCGCAAAAGACCACUAAAUGUAACUAUUAUAUUUAUGGUGUGUUUCAAGAAUGUGAAAGAAGUUUUCGUUGUGAUAUGCCUGUUUCGAAUUUCAGCGAUGUCAACAGCUUGGGUCGAAAUUAA